AUGAUACUAGGGUUACUCAUUUUGGCAAGUCAGGCUUUGAGAGAUGAGUUAUCUAACGAAGCUUCAAUCAAUAGGUUGAAUGAAAAAUAUAUAAAGGAUCUGGAGCAGUGGGAAAAGGCAGAGUUGAGAUCAGAAAUCUCUAGCCUUCGUAUACAAAUCUAUAAUGCUAAGAAAGAGGUUCGAGAUAAGGCUUCUCAUAUUGCCAAUAUAGAAAAGCAAUUACAAGAAUCGGAAGAACAUGUUCAAAAUCUGAGGUAUAGAUUCAAAGUUAUUUCUUCCCGAAGAAGCUCUCCAAGUUUAUAUAAUUCAGAAGAGGAAGAUACAGAUAUGGCUCAUAUAGAUCCCUUUGUAAAUAUUAGAAGAGGGCUAGUUCGGCUUGAAAAUCAUUUUAGGGGUGGUACACCAUUAAACAAUCCAGCCAAUAUUGUCCAAGGUAUAUACGGCACUUUAAAUACUAUUAGGGCUAAUUAUCAAAGAAAAGACCAGGAUUUAGAUGAUAUCACAAAUCAACGAGAUGAUCAAGAUGCUCAAAUAACAACAAAAUGCCAACCUUCAGAAUCAAACCAAUCAACUUAUUCAAGCACAAGAUACCUUGCAAACCAUGUCAACCAACUUAUACCAGAACGAGAUACCUUGCAAAACCAUGUCAACCAACUUAUACCAGAACGAGAUACUUUGCAGAAUUGUGUCAAUCAACUUGCUCAAGAUCUUAAUAAUAGCCAACAAAGAUAUAAUUUGCGAGGGCAUUUGUGGUUUAAUGCAAGUCUGAUAUGGGAUGAACAGUCAAAACUCAAACAUGUUCUUGAAAUAAUUUAUAAGGCAUUUAUUCAUCACUUAGAGCAGGAGCUACAACAAUGCCGGGCUGAUAAAGGAUUAUUAGAAUAUAAUCAAGAUCAGCUCUUUGAUAGAUACUAA